GUCCCAAUUGGUCUCGUUUAAGCAUUUGUCACACACUUCACAACUUUGCCAUACAGAAAUCUCUCAGCCACCGUCAAUCAUGGCGAUCAAUCAGCCUUUUCUUGAAACCUCCAAACCUUCCUACUCUAAGAGUUUUUUUCUGCUUCUCAUCUCCAUUGCUGCUCUUACAAGCAUAUGUUUCUUUGCUAUCCAAUAUUCUACCAAAACGAUCUUGCUUCCUAGUCCUCCAAAAUCGUCAUUACACAACAAUAUUUGUGAUCAAUCGGUCAACAAAGAAUCAUGUUUGGCCAUGGUCUCGGAAGCAGCACAAGAAUAUUCAACCAUGGCUGAUCAUGAGCUACUCAAAGCCUUCCUAGAAAAAACCAACCCUCGCAUACAACUAGCUCUUGAGAUGGUAAACAAUGUCAGCCGUCGGAUCAACAUUAGUCCGAGGGAUCGAGCGGCUCUCCUUGACUGUGCGGAGCUGAUGGACCUUUCCAAAGAUAGGGUUUUGGAUUCCAUAUCAACACUUUUGCUUCAAAAUCUGACGACUCACUCACGUGAAGACGUGAAUGCAUGGCUUAGUGGCAUUCUCAGUAACCACGUGACUUGUUUAGAUGGCCUAGAGGACGGUUCAUAUGCCAAGAACUUGAUGGAGUCUCAUCUAAAUGAGUUGAUAUCAGGGGCUAGAACCUCCUUGGCCAUUCUUGUUUCGUUCUCGCAGUCGAAAUGCGAAGCACUUGAGCCAUUGACCAAGGAUUUCCCGACGUGGGUUACCCCCGGAGAUCGGAGGCUUUUGCGGUCUUUGGAGAAGGAAAUUACGCCUGAUAUUGUUGUGGCAAAGGACGGAAGCGGAGACUACACAACCGUGAAUGAAGCUGUGGCUGCAGUACCCAAGAAUAGCAAGAAAAGGUUCGUUAUUUAUGUGACGACGGGGGUUUACUAUGAGAAUGUUGAGUUGGCAAAGAACAAAAAGAAUGUGAUGCUUCUUGGGGAUGGCAUGGAUUACACUAUAAUCACUGCUAGUCUCAAUGUUGAUGACGGAUCAACUACUUACAAAUCUGCAACCGUAGCUGUUAAUGGCGAUGGAUUCAUAGCACAAGAUAUGUGGUUCCAAAACACGGCGGGCCCACAAAAGCACCAAGCGGUGGCGCUCCGAGUCAGCGCCGACAAGUCCGUCAUAAACCGGUGUCGUAUUGACGCUUACCAAGACACUCUCUACACUCACUCACACCGCCAAUUUUACAGGGAUUCCACCGUCACCGGCACUGUCGACUUCAUCUUCGGAAACGCCGCCGUCGUUCUCCAGCGCUGCAAAAUUAUUCCCCGAAAGGGCAUGACGGGCCAGAAAAACAUGGUAACGGCCCAAGGCCGAACCGACCCAAACCAAAACACCGGGACCUCGAUCCACAAUUGCGAAAUCUUUGCCAGCCCAGAUCUUGAGCCCGUUAAGGACUCGUUCCCGUCGUAUUUGGGCCGUCCGUGGAAGGAGUAUUCCAGGACUGUUGUUAUGCAGUCUUACAUUGGUGACCUUAUUGAUCCAGCUGGGUGGUUCGAGUGGGACGGGGAUUUUGCACUGAAUACGUUAUACUAUGGGGAGUAUGCAAAUAGAGGCCCAGGUGCUGGAACUAGCAAGAGGGUGAAGUGGGUCGGUUAUCAUGUAAUUACCAGCCCAGAUGAGGCCCAAAAGUUCACAGUGGUGGAGCUGAUACAAGGCGGUCCUUGGUUAGAGUCCACUGGGGUGGAUUACACGGAGGGGCUGUACGUGUGAUGUGGAAAGGCUCAAAGUUUAUAUGUAUGUCUUUCAUAAUAAUAAUGAUUGCCAUUUCCUAUGGGUCUCUAUAUGUAAGAUUACUUUAUCUUUGGGUUCGUAGGAGUUGUAAUAGGUGUGCCCAUGAAAUAAGUCAUUGGCUUAAAACUGUAUUGCCUUCGGUUACUUUUGUGUUCCUGAUGUAACCUCUCAUAUGAGGCGAGCCUUUUUGGCAGGUCUUUACUGAAUUAACUCCUACGUUUGAGUAGCAAAAAUAAAAUCAAAAUGCUGUAGAUUACUAGUGGUAAUCGAUUUGAGUAGCAAUGUCAGC